GAACAGGAGGGUUGAAUGUGAUGAACCAGGAGCUGCAGUAGCGUCCUUCCAACACCAGGGGUCUCCCCGCCUCCAACCACAAGCCGUCGUCAAGGCAACCAGACUGUCAUGGCAACCUCGCUGACGCUUAAAGAGAGCCACUUCCUGCAGGAACUGGAUGGAAAGCGCACAAACGGCAUUUUAAACGUUUUCAUUUGUAAUUUAGCUUAAUCUGUUCUUCCUAAAGCAACAGGGUAUGCUUGUCUUGGACUCUUAUUGUGAAGGGCUGAAGAAGAGAAACAACUGGGACUCUUCGCUGACAGACUAUUGUGAACUCUCUCCUGGUUAUCGAUGCAUUUAACAAGGCCAAAGUCCUCCAAAGGGCGAAGCAGAUCGGCCGUAAACGACCCUCUAUGUUCAGGUGACACUGACAGCAUCCAGAGGCCACCUGGGUCUCCCAGAACAUCUCCAGACUCUCCUGAGUCCAGCAGGCCGGUACAGGAACCCUCCGACUUCCCAGUCUCAGCCCAUCAUGUGGCAGGCCAGCCAGAGCUGAGCAGAGAUGAGGUUCCUGCAGAUGUGCAGACACCACACCGCCCCCACAGCUCCACACGCAAGUCCUUAAACAAGUACAAGGUCCUUCCAUCCAUCGGGAGGAGGCAGUCAGAGGUGAGUCCUCUGAGGAGAAGCCUGGACCAACACAUGUCCAAGCUCAGCGUGUCUGAUGAUGCCAUCCUGCAGCAGAGACACAGGCAUGAGGAGACGGAUCUCCCCACAGAGUAAGGCUCACAGAGCUCUGAGGUGGACCAGAAGGCUGGUUUGUGGCCUAAGCCCCCUGACCCAGGACCAGUAAGGACCAAAGAGGCUGGCAGUUUGCUCCUAGCUAUCCGAGCACCAUGUGGUAGAAGGUUCCAGAUGCACUUUGACGCCACAGACACUCUGCGUGACAUUGUGAGGUCCAGUGCAGAGGUCAGGUACGGAGCACAGUAUGGAGAGGCUUCCAUUGAGACCAUGGAUGUACCCUCGCAGGACCUUCACAGACAUGGAUAUGACCUGGCUCAGUGAUGGCAUCGUGACCGAUCGCUGCUGUGUAUCUCUCAGAGGGACAGCGUGGUGGAGCACGAGUGAGCUAAAAAUCAUUCUGUUUUGCAGCUGAAGUCUGGCUCUGUGGUUUAAAAUCCCUCCCCUCUACUCCAAAA